AUGGCGUAUUCUAGAAUUAGCUCUUGGAUUGUCUUCAGCCUCGUCUCAAUCACAGUUCUCAUUCAAGUCGCUUCCAGCUCAAGGAUCGCGACGUUUACAGACGGGCAGUGCAAAAACGCAUUUCAGAGCGUCAAUGCAGAGAAUGGCUAUCCCAACGGUACUUGUACUAGAUUGGCAGAUUCGGGAAGAUUUGGAAGCUUCCAAGUCGUAGGUCUUGACCCAGGCUGCAGUGCCACUAUAUAUGGUGCCGAUAGCGAAGAGUUUGUUCCAUGCUCGUCUACAGUCCUUCAGUUCGCCAAGAUAGCCGAGUGCUACAACUCCUCCUUCGUCUAUUACAGCGUCGACGCUUGUACGCCGCCUGAUCAGAUAUCGUCAUCGUCGCUUUCCGCAACACCAUCGUCCUCCCCAUCUUCGACCCCGUCUCCCAGUGCAGUAGGCAAGCUUAGGAAAAGCAACACUGGUGCUAUAGCUGGAGGUGUAGUCGGCGGCGUAGCUGGGCUCGCUCUCAUCGCUGCUGCCAUCUUUCUGCUUCUCCGCCGUAAGAGAAAACAACGCCAACAACCACCAGAGGCACCCUCAGAUGAGCGGCGAGAGGCUGGUGGAAGUGCACUUACGGAACUCCCACACGAAGAUCGGAAGCAAGAGAUGGAUUCCAAGAACUCAGCACCUCAAGAGCUCGGUAACAAGCCCAGCGUGGAAGUACCUCCGGUUGAGCUGCCAGGAACCGAUGUUGUUCAGCACCCUCAGUAUAUACCUGACUCGCAGCUCACUGUCAGUGAGAAGCACUGA